UUCUCUCAUUCUAUAUUUAUAAAUCAUAUAUAUAUGAAUCAUAUCAGAAAAUUAGAGGCACUGGCAAACGAAUACUAAUAGAAUUUUAAUAAAAUGGGUAAGGCAAAAGACAUAAGUUCAGACGAAGAUAUAACUGUAGAAACUAAUGAAGUAUCUCCACAAAAACGACAUAAGAAACAUAAACAUAAAAAGCAUAAAAAGAAAAAAAUUACUCAUGAUGAUAAUGAUGGUUUUAAUGAUGUUGCUGUUGAAACGGAUAAAAAAAAAACAUUUAGAGUUAAGAUAAAAAAAGAUGAUGAUAAAGGUCUAGAAAAACCACGUGAAAAAAUGCAGAAAACAUCCAAUCUUAACACUGUAAGUGCAAGUCCAUCUCCAAAAACUGCUACAAAAAAGAAAGUUCUAAAAAAUAAUAAAGGUAAAGAUAGUGGUACUAGUAGUGAAGAAGAACGAUGGCUUGAUGCAAUUGAAUCUGGAAAACUUGAAGAAGUUGAUGAUGAACUAAAAAAAAUUAAACCAAAGGAUCCAAAACUAAUGACAGCACGUCAAAGAGCCAUGUUUGAAAGAAAAACUGAUACAGAACCAAACCCAGCCGUUGAACAACUCAUGUCAUUACCAACUGGUUACAAAGAAAAAGUUAUGACAGCUGAAGCCAUACAAAAAGCUGCUCUUAAGUCAUUGAAAAGAAAACAGCUUGCUGAUGAGAAGAGAGAAAAAGAUAAGAAAAAAACAAUGGAAAGAUUACUAAAAAAACAAGAAUCUAAAGCUUCUAAAGUCAUUAGUAAAGGAAAACCUUCUAGAAGACAAGUUCCUUUGGUUACAUAUCGUUUAACACUUGAAGGAAGUUCAAUAUCUUUACCACCUGGAGAAGAUUUUCCAUUACAACCUACAAAAGAAAAAGAACCAUCAAUACAAAUUCUUUGUGGUGUUAAUCAAUGUAAAAAUUUAAAAAAAUAUUCAUGUUCAAAAACUGGAAUACCUUUAUGCAGUUUAGAAUGCUAUAAAGCUAAUUUAUCUAUAUCUGUAUAAUAUGUAUAUAAUUAUUUAAAUACUUUAUUAAUUAUUUAAAUACUUCUUUUCUAUUUUCUUAAAUUUAUCU